AUGGCUGCCAACGGUACCAAUGGAACCCACAAAGAUGCGAGCGCAAACAAAUUCUUCGAGGACUUUGGCAUUUGGAAAGAGGCGCCAGUCUUGACUGGAAGCACCAAAUAUGAGCCUCUCCCAGAUGUCAAGAACAUCAUGAUCACUGGUGGUGCUGGAUUCAUUGCUUGCUGGCUGGUUCGACAUCUUACCUUAACAUACCCAGACGCCUACAACAUUGUCUCUUUCGAUAAGCUCGACUACUGCGCUUCUUUGAACAACACACGAGCACUCAACGACAAGCGAAACUUCACCUUCUACCAUGGAGAUAUCACAAACCCAUCCGAGGUUAUGGACUGCUUGGAGAGACACAACAUUGAUACCAUUUUCCAUUUCGCUGCUCAAUCUCACGUAGAUUUGAGUUUCGGAAACUCCUAUCAAUUCACCCACACAAACGUGUACGGCACACACGUUAUCUUGGAGAGUGCCAAGAAGGUUGGAAUCAAGAAGUUCAUCCACAUCUCCACCGAUGAGGUUUACGGUGAGGUCAGAGACGAUGCCGAUGAUCUGCUCGAGACCAGCAUUCUGGCGCCAACCAACCCAUAUGCUGCUUCCAAGGCGGCAGCUGAAAUGUUGGUACACUCCUACCAAAAAUCCUUCAAAUUGCCAGUUAUCAUUGUCCGAAGCAACAAUGUCUACGGUCCUCACCAAUUCCCUGAGAAAAUCAUUCCAAAAUUCUCUCUUCUCCUCCACAGAGGGCAACCAGUCGUCCUGCACGGAGAUGGUACCCCAACCAGAAGAUAUCUUUUCGCUGGAGAUGCCGCUGAUGCUUUCGACACCAUUCUUCACAAGGGACAGAUGGAUCAGGUCUACAACGUCGGAUCUUAUGAUGAGAUCUCCAACUUGACCCUCUGCUCGAAACUUCUUACAUACUUGAACAUCCCCCACAGCACACAGGAGGAACUCCACAAGUGGGUCAAGCACACAAUCGAUCGUCCUUUCAACGAUCACAGAUACGCUGUCGAUGGUACCAAGCUUAGACAACUUGGUUGGGAACAGAAGACCAGCUUUUCUGAUGGAAUGGCCAUUACCGUCGAUUGGUAUAAGCGAUUCGGUGAGAAGUGGUGGGGUGAUAUUACCAAGGUUCUCACACCUUUCCCAACUGUUGAAGGUAAGGAUGUCGUUGCUGGCAACGAGCCAGUAGAGGAGAUUGCCGAGGCUAUGAUUGUAGAUUCAGAUGACAAGACCACUCUUGCCAAGAAGAGGAAGAUUGACGGUACAGAGCAGGCUGUCCAGGCUUAG